UUUCAUGGCCGUAUUAGUCGCGUUGCAUCAGCGAGUGCAAUGUUCAUCUAUUUGCAGAAAUUUUGCGGUGGCGAAUAUCGUUUCGUUUACCAGUGAUUUUACCGCGAAAAAUGGCUGAGUCGGAGCAGAGAAAUAAAGAGAAUUGUAUCGCAGGGUCGAAGGAAACGAUGGUGAAGCAAGAAAAACGUGAGAACACGUUGACGAAUGGCGGGAAGGGAUCCGGCGAUGACGCGGACAGUCUCGAAGAACUGCCUCUUGAUAUAGGCGAACAUUAUCUUGUUCGCAGAUCCGAUGAUUCUUGGCAUCCAGCAGAGAUUAUUCAAACCCGAUACAAUGAAAGUGAAAGUCAUUAUGAAUAUUAUGUACACUAUGAAGGUCACAACAGAAGACUGGAUGAGUGGGUACCAAGAGACAGAAUUAUGUCUAGUAGAUUUGAUAUGAGUGAUAGAAGUUGGAAGAGUGGGGACAGAAAUUCUGGUACUGAUUUAUUAGCAGAUUCUUCAGAUCGCAAAAUUACAAGAAAUCAAAAGAGAAGACAUGAUGAAAUUAAUCAUAUUCAGAAAACAUAUGCAGAAAUGGAUCCAACAACUGCUGCUUUAGAAAAAGAACAUGAAGCAAUAACAAAAGUGAAGUACAUUGAUAAAAUUCAAAUUGGCAAGUAUGAAAUUGAUACUUGGUACUUCAGUCCUUACCCAGAAGAAUAUGGCAAACAACCUAAAUUAUGGAUUUGUGAAUAUUGUUUAAAGUACAUGCGUCUGGAAAAGACAUACAGGUAUCACAUGAGCGAAUGCACUCACAGACAACCAGUUGGAAAAGAGAUAUACCGCAAAGGCACAUUAAGUAUUUGGGAAGUAGAUGGUAGAGAACACAAAAUUUAUUGUCAAAACUUAUGCUUAUUAGCAAAGUUAUUUUUGGAUCAUAAAACCCUUUAUUUUGAUGUUGAGCCAUUUCUAUUUUACAUUCUCUGUGAGGUUGAUAAACAUGGAGCUCAUUUAGUUGGUUACUUUUCAAAGGAAAAAGAAUCUCCCGAUGGCAAUAAUGUUGCUUGCAUAUUAACUCUACCACCAUUUCAAAGACAAGGCUAUGGAAAGUUACUAAUUGCUUUUAGUUAUGAAUUAAGCAGAAUAGAACAGACUGUCGGUAGUCCUGAGAAACCAUUAAGUGACUUGGGAAAAUUAUCAUAUAGAAGCUACUGGAGCUGGAUUCUUUUAGAAAUUCUCAGAGAUUUUCGUGGAACGCUUAGCAUAAAAGAUUUAAGCCAGAUGACAAGCAUCUCGCAAACGGACAUUAUAUCAACGCUGCAGAGUAUGAAUAUGGUCAAAUAUUGGAAGGGACAACACGUAAUCUGCGUAACACCUAAACUAGUUGAAGAACACAUAAAAAGUAGUCAGUAUAAAAGACCAAGACUGACGGUGGACAGCAGCGCACUCAGAUGGGGUGCUCCACCUCGAAAGAACGUGAAACCGGGCAAGAAGUAGCAGGAAAUAAAAAGAAUGGUUUUCAUUCGGUGGUUUUCGUCAUCGUGAAAUUCACGAUUUAACGUGUUUGAUAAACACUUGGCAAGCAGUUCUACAUGAUAGUUCGCAACGAAUGUUCUCGAAUUCGUUAAACGACCUUCCAAUGAUGCAUUACAGUUUCCACUAGUAUGCAUAGUAAACGUGUAAAAUCUCGUAUCUGUUUGGAAAGUAGCAGAAGCGAAGACGUUGAUUCAUAGGCUUCGUUACUAUUUCGGAGCACAGAAGUAAUGGGAGACGUUUCAGGAUUUUUCUUAUAGUUCUGCUUUUUUUACAGUAUACUGUGAAAGAAAGAAGUGGAAUAUACUGGACUCAAAAUACCAUGUAUUUGUUGAAAAUGAACAAAUUAUUUUACCUUUAUUUAAGAUAUUUUAGCUUUAAUGCGUAACUACAGUCUGAAAGUGUAGGUAGAGUACGUUAUACGUCAAUAAUACCACGCAGUAUUAGUUCAUGUUAACGAUUUGCUUGUGUAAAUUCGUUAAUAAUAAACAAAUCUAAUUAGGUUAAUAA